AUAUUGAUUCAUCUGUGCAACAUUAUCGAGCGGGUGAAAUUUAUUUAAAAAGAAAAAAGAAGAAAAAAGAAAGAAAGAGAGAGAGAAAAAAAUAUUCAACAAAAAUUAUUUUUUCAUCGAAUUUAACGUCAUAAAAAAAUUUCGACAAAUUUUAAUGAAAUAUUUGUAGUGAAAAAAAAAAAAACACCGAACGAGUAAGAAAAUUUUCGAAUUGUUGAUUUAUUGAAAUUAUGUGAACUCGUGGAAGAAAGUAUAAAUAAAAAGGAUAAUCUUUCGAAAUACAUAUUGCAUGUGUAUAAAAGUGUACACACAUACAUAUACACAACUUCCCCCCCACGUAUCAUAAACACGUGCAUGAAUAUAUAUACAUACGCAUAUAUAUAUAUAUAUGUGUGCGUGUAUUAUAAUCAUCAUUAGUACGAGUCUAAUAUAUAUUGAUAAGUACAGACAAAGGAGGUAGUAGACACUUUUUAAAAUGUAAGCGACAUUCCUACUGAAAGAGAUUUGCCAGUCUCUCUAGUUCCGUCAACUUGCUAGGACGUAUUUAUAUUAUCGUGGAACGAGAAAAGUAUAGUGUAUCUAUGUUCGUGUGUGCGUGCGUGCAUAUACGUAUGCCUAUAUAAAAAAUCUCGUGCGUAUUGAUACGAUAAGAAAAAAAAUAUGCGACAUUCUAAACCUAAGAGCAAUGACAUUAAUAACGAAGAGACACCCGGUGUAUACACUCUAUCUGUUAUAUCAGACAAUAGAAAUAAUGUCGAUAUUGGGACUUCAACAACCGUUUUGGUGCCUGAUCAAAUAGAGAAAGAGAGAGCUCAAUGGGGAAGUGAAUUAGAAUUUUUGAUGUCUUGCGUAGCUUUUUCUGUUGGCCUUGGAAAUAUUUGGAGAUUUCCAUAUACAGCAUACGAAAAUGGCGGCGGAGCCUUCUUAAUACCCUAUAUAAUAGUUCUGUUUAUAAUAGGAAAGCCACUUUAUUACAUGGAAAUGAUAUUGGGACAGUUCAGUAGUUGUUCUUGCAUCGACAUUUGGUCGUUAUCACCAGCUUUCAAAGGUAUUGGCUAUGGCAUUACUAUAUCAGUAUUUGGAGUAAUCACUUAUUAUUCAGCUCUUAUGGCGUUGAUAAUGUAUUAUAUGAUAGAAAGUUUUCAAUCAGUACUUCCAUGGUCUUAUUGCUGGGACGAUUGGGGUGACAUUUGUUUCGAUAGUACGUUGAUGGGGAAUCAAACGAACAAUGACAAUAAAAGUAGCUCGGCUGAGUUAUACUUUAGGAAAGUCGUAUUAAAAGAAACCAACAUAGACGAUGGAUUAGGAACGCCAUCUUGGAAAUUAGUAUUGUCUUUAUUAGCAAGCUGGCUAUUCGUUUAUGGUGUAAUAUCGAAAGGUGUAAAAAGUAGUGGAAAAGUCGCUUACUUUUUAGCUCUGUUUCCUUACAUCAUUAUGAUUUGUCUGUUGAUAAGAGGUGUAACCUUGAACGGUGCCAUUAAUGGUAUAAUCUUUUUAUUCGAACCAACGUGGAGUAAAAUUUUUGAUCCAUCGGUUUGGUAUGCAGCUGUUACACAAUCAUUUUUUUCUCUUGGUGUUUGUUUCGGUGCCGUCACCAUGUAUUCCUCUUAUAAUAAUUUUGAUCACAAUGUAUCAAGAGAUUGCAUGAUAGUAACUACAAUGGAUCUUUGUACCAGUUUAAUGGCUGGUACCACAAUAUUUAGUAUACUAGGCAACCUAGCUUACGAAAUCGGUAGCGAUGAUGUCAGUAACGUAGUAAGAGCUGGAACUGGUUUGGCAUUUAUUUCAUAUCCCGAAGCAUUAGCCAAGUUCACGGCCACCCAACAACUUUUCUCUGUUUUAUUUUUUCUAAUGCUCUUUGUCUUAGGCGUUGGUACGAUAGUUGCCUUUAGUAACGUUAUCAUCAGUGUUAUUAAGGAUCAAUUUCCUCAUAUCAGUCAAUGGAAGAUAUCUGCUUGCUUUUGUUUCAUUAGUUUUCUGAUUGGCAUCGUUUAUUGUACUCCGGGUGGACAAUAUAUUCUCAACUUGAUUGACUAUUUUUGCGGAACGUUUAUUGUAGUUAUACUUGCGUCAUUCGAAGUAAUUGCGAUAUCAUGGAUAUACGGUAUCGACAAUUUCAUUGACGACAUUGAAUUUAUGUGCGGUACCAGACCAUCCUUUUAUUGGAGAUUUUGUUGGGGUAUUUUGACGCCAAUGUCUUUGUUUGUCAUUUUAAUUUAUUUUCUAUUUAGUAUGACACCAUUGACAUAUAAUAAUGAGUAUUAUCCUGAUGCUGCCUACGCUGCUGGUUGGAUAAUUCUGAUUUUCGGUUCGGCACAACUUCCUAUAUGGAUGUUUAUUGAAAUUAUAAACAAUAAAAAUACAUCACUGUUUGCUGCAUUUAAGGCGAAGAGUAGUUGGGGUCCAAAAGAUAAGAAAAAAUAUAAAGAAUGGAAAGAUUUUAAAGAAUUGAAAAGAAAUUCUAAUAAUGGACGAUCGAAAUUAUUCCGAUUUUUGUUCGGUAGGCAAUGAAAAAAAAAAAAAGAAAGAAAAGAAGGGAAAAAAAGAACAAUUUUUAUUAUUCGUACGUAUAAUAACAUUUUUAUUUGAAUCAAAAAUACAAUCGACAGUAUUUGAUCGCGGAAUAAUGGUUUUUUUCUUCAUAAUAAAUAAUUUUAAUUGUUUAUUAAUUUUUGUGAUUAUCACUAUUGUAAUUUUUUGUGACAGAUUUGUUAUUAGCAAUUCAGUUAUUAUAUAUAAUAUCGAUAUAUAUACAUAUGCAUGUAUAUAUAUAUAUAUCCAUACAUAUUAUUAUACCCUCUU